GUAAGCGUUGGAGUGGCACAAAGUCACCGGGAGCCGGAGGAGCGCUGCGCUCUCUCCAAAACAUUACGCGCCGCACAUUGCGCCGCUUUGUCCCGCCGUCUGUCGCUGAAGGAGCGGAACAGGGGUCCGUAGCUGUCCUAAAAACAGCAGACUGCGUGUGCGCGCGGGGAGGAGGAGGAGGAGGAGGACGGAAGUUUUGUUUGUCUGCCUGCUGGACCUCCAGGACGCACCGGACCGAAUGGUUGAGCCCGGCUCUCCUGCGCUGUUUCUCCUCUCCAGUGGUGACAUCAGCAUGGCAAGUGCUGGUGUUAAAGUGGAAGAGGAGGAGUUUGGUGGAGUGGGAAGAGUCACCAUCAAUGCUGAGUCUGCUAAACUAUCUCCCUUGCAUGACUGGUCAGGACAUCAGCUUCUCGAGACUCGGCAACUAACUCCCCCGCUCUCCUGCUCACCUUUGGAAAGCUCUCCAGGGAAGGAGGUGCCUCACAGGAAAAGCCCUGUGGGUGUGAAGGAAUCCAGAAUGCAUGACCGAUCUAACAGACAAUCCAACUUCAAGGAAGUAAUGCCGACGAUUGAGAAGUUGCUGAAUUCUGACUGGAAGGACAAACUUCUAGAUAAAAGCACAGUGGGAGCAGGACAACUGAAAGGUACCCCAGCAUCUCUGGCAGAGAAGGAGCUGCAGUUGUUGAUGAUGAUCAACCAGCUGAGCGGUCUGAGGGAGCAGCUCCUGGGAGCACAUUCUGAACAGAGGAACAUGGCAGCGCUGCUGCUGGAGAAGCAGCAGCAGCAGAUGGAGCUGGCUCGACAGCAACAGGAACAGAUUGCCAAGCAGCAGCAGCAGCUGAUCCAGCAGCAGCACAAGAUCAACAUGCUCCAGCAGCAGAUUCAGGUGAACAUGCCAUUUGUGAUGAUUCCAGCUUUCCACCCAAGCACCCAGCCCCUCUCGGUCACCUCUGACCCCCAGAUGACCUUGCCACUGCAGCCAAUCCCAUGCAAGCCAGCUGUAGACUAUCCCAUGCAGUUGCUGCCACCCUCAGCCCACCCUGUCAAGAGGAGCAGCGGUUCCUUCCGACAGGAAACCAGUCAGCCCUUGAACCUGACCUCUAAGCCAAAGGGCCUGGAGUUGGGAAAAACACCCAGUCCGCAGAACCUGGAGAUGGGAUCACUGGCAAGGCAGGGGACCUACAGAUCCAGAGAUGUCCCAAGAGAGCUGUCCCAUAGCUCACCACGAUCUGCCCUCUCUGCAGGUUUCCUUGGAGAUGGCGAUGUGGUAACCCAGGCCAUCCAUGAUGCACAGCAGCUUCUGAGGAGCCACAGUACCGGAGGGCAAGACCGAGAGAGGGACAGGGAGCGAGACCGAGACAGCACCGGGAAAGUGGAGUCCAAGGACUAUCUUCACAAUGAGAGGAUUUGUGAUGCUGAGCGGGCUGAGGACAGACAUAACCUGCCGUCCACUGAGGACCAUCUCAGCAGUGACUCUGAGGGUGCCAUCUCCGUUCCUGCCCCAGGUGGCUACACGGAGACCCGGUCUGCUCCCUCAUCCAGCCACAUCAAGAGACCCAUGAACGCCUUCAUGGUGUGGGCCAAAGAUGAGCGUAGGAGGAUCCUGCAGGCCAACCCAGAAAUGCACAACUCCUCCAUCAGCAAGAUCCUGGGUUUCAGGUGGAAGGCGAUGUCUAACCAGGAGAAACAGCCUUAUUACGAAGAGCAGGCAAGGCUGAGCAGGCAGCACCUGGAGCGCUACCCCGACUACAAAUACAAACCCCGGCCCAAACGCACCUGCAUCGUAGAGGGACGGAGGCUCAGGGUAGGCGAGUACAAGGCCAUGAUGAAGAACCGUCGGCAAGAGCAGCGGGCGACUUACGUACACAGCCAAUCCGAAACCCAGAUUCACUACGCGCACAGCGAUGGGCAAUAUCCAGGCGGUGGAGGAUCAGUGUCGGUUCCCAGCAUGCCAUUUCACUCUGCAUUACUGGAGCAUUACCUACCGCAGGUGACACCGCCACCACGGCGAUCCGAGGGCCACGCCACACCAACGUCCCAUCCCAGAGAGAGAGAGAGGGAACGCGAGAGGGAACGGCUCCCAUACAGUGAAGGGGAGGAAAGUGACAGAGGAGAGAGAAGUGAGGGGGAGCUGGUGGUCCUGACAGACUGACGGAGGGGUGAGAUUGAAAAAAAAGUAUGAGGGACAGAGGACAGAGGAGGUGAGGUAACGAACCAGGGAGAAGCAUAGGACUGACUGAACAAGAAAAUUCAAAAAGCUACAAAGACACCAGUUCCACUGAAGUUCUUCAAUACAAUGAUUUCAUUGCCAGUCACAUUUAUGAAUUUUUUUCUGGAAAUGAACAAAACUUAUAUUUUACCAGUGAAUGUGACCUGAAAGCGCAGAGUCAGCUGUUAUUUGAGGAUACGUGCAUUAAAAUCUGGUAAAACAUGACGAAUGAUUUGUGCUUAGACAACAGCAAAUGUAUAAAUUCAAAUAAAACCUUGGCUGUUUUGAAUGCCAUUAGAGUCACCCACAAACAUCAGCAGAUGCUAGUUUGGUUCCUGCCGGGCCGUCACUGCUAGGCCAUUGUUAUCUGGGGUGUCACUGUAGCUGUCACUGCCGGGCCAUCACUGUUGGGCCAUCAUUGCAAGACCAUCACUGCCAGGCCAUCACUGACGGGGGCCUUGUUCUCUGGCUGUCACCAAAGCCAUAACGACUGGGUCAUUGUGGUCUGGCCUAUCACUGCUAGGCCAUUGUUGUCUGGGCUGUUACUGCCAGACCAUCACUGCUUGGCCAUCACUGUUGGGCUGUCAUUGCAAGGCCAUCACUGACGGGUCAUUGUUGUCUGGCUGUCACUAUAGCCAUAACAGCUGGGUCAUAGUGGUCUGGGCCGUCAUUGCCGAGCCAUCACUGUUGGGCCAUCAUUGCCAGGCCAUCACUACAGCCAUCACUGUCAGGCCAUUCCUGAUGGGGCAUUCUUGUCUGACUGUCACUAUAGCCGUCACUACUGGGCCAUUGUGGUCUGACCUGUCACUGCCAAGCCGUCAUUGCCGGGCCAUCACUGUUGGGCCAUCACUACAACCAUCAUUGGCAGGCCGUCAUUGCCAGAAAGGCAGUGCUGGGCUGUCACUCCAGCAAUCUUCACUUCUUGCUUGUUCUUUGGUUGGAUUUGGGUCAUAUGUUUGACUUGGUCAUUGGAGAACAUUCCAUGUCUGUAAACCAUGGAAAAAAGUCUUGGUUUUCGUCUACAGUACGUUUCAGGUCAUUAAACCAAGUCCUAUAUAUGUAGGCCUUGAGGGGCGUUGGUGCCUGUGCUUAUCCAUAGCAUGAGGUAUGUCUAUGACUAUACUUUGAGAGGACACCAGUCCAGUGUAGGUUACUUACCCAGGCAAGGCAAGGCAGGCACCCGUUUACAGCUGACUGGACUGAGACAAUGCAGAUUAAGCGCAUUGUCCAAGGAUACAGAUAGGUAGCAUGAGUGGGAUUUGAACACAGGUCAACAUGGAUGAAUUGGGUUUUUUUUUAAGAUUGUUAGCAGAUAUAACAUCCCUAAACACUUUAGAAUCCAUCCUGCCUCUCGUGUCAUAUCAUUCAUAAACAUUCCAACAUGUGAGGAUCAUCUCUUCUUCUCUUUUAUCUUCCCAUCAUUCUGGUACAAGUUUCAUCAGACAUCACUAGUUGCUCCAGAACUCUGAAGUUUUGCUUCUUUUUUGAGGACUUUUGUAUAACCUAUUGCUAGUGGUAUUGAUGAUGGUUUACCCUUCUGUCUUUGCUGUGCUAAAGUCUUCACUUGAAUGAUUACUUUGGCUCUUUACACACACGUAUACAUACGUGCACACACUCCUGCCUCUUGCAGGUUGUUCUUGGUCUGGCCCAAUUUUGUUUCUCAUCAAAGAACUUGUUCUUUCAGCUGAUGCAAAUAUUGUUUUUUGGUGUUGUUGGUCUUUUGCUGUUUGUGAGCUCAAAAUCUUGCUGUUUGCUUUUAUAAUCUACCAAACUGUCAUGGCCCUGCCCAAUGGCUCUGUUUUGAUUUUCAGUCCAACAAUGACUGAUGAGUAACAGCUGCAAAUGUAAUGGACGGAAAAUCAUCCAAGUUUCCAGAUAGUUUUGGUCUAUUAAAAAUUUAUGACCAUAUAAGUUCAUUUUGAUGUCACGUACACAUAAAUCUAAAAAUGUAAAACUUUAAAAGGAAAAUUGUUGCUAUUGUGCAACAAAUGAUUUAAUCAUAAAAAGUGUUUUGUUUUGUUUGUUUUUUACGAGCGAGUGGA